AAAAAUAUAAAAUUAGGUUCACUGGACAUUGAGGGUGUUUUAUGUAGAAAACGUAGGGUUUUACAUGUUGCAUAGAAGGGAACUUCUUUCUUCCAAAUUGUCAGAGGGGUUUUAGACGCCUGUAAGAAAUUCUUGAGAGGUUAUUCCUAUAAUGGCUAUCGGCGGAGCUACGAUCGAAAAGCUGAAGCAGACAUGGCAUGCUCAAGUCAAUGACGAAGAGAAAUGGGCAGCCAAUAUGCGGUUACUUCGUGCAGCUGGUUUGUUUGCUGGCUCUAUCUUCUUGAUGCGAAAUUUUGGUGAUUUAAUGGCAAUUUAGAAAAUGAUGAGCAAUGCUGGUGUUCGUUGGACUAAAAAGUUUGAUUCACCAGCUCUUGGAUGCUUGAAUUAAUGCAUUUAUGACCAUAUUCUUUUUCCUAGACACAUUGAGCUGAAUGAGAAAAAAUGAAUUUUCCUAAUUUCUAUGGAGUCUUCAGAUUCCCUCUUGAAUGCCAAUGGACAUAUGUUGGAAUGCCAUACAAGUUCAAAAUUAAGUGCCCAACUAAACCAUAAUUUGUUGGUUGGAUAUGGAUUGAAGAAGUUUUCAUUAUUGAGUUAGGAGGCACUUAGUAGUAUGCUUAUCUUCCAAGCGUAUAAAGCAGAGAUGCCACUCAUAGAAUACAUAUGAUGUUUUGAAACUUUGUUGUGUAGCGUUUGAUAAUGGUCUGAAUGUGAUGCUAUUAUAUUGAA